ACAGGCACAGCCACAGGCACAGGGAAGGAUCCAGAAACAAUUUUAAAAAUGGCAGAAUCUACACAGAAACGACAACAAGCGUACGCAAAGUUCUUGUUUGACAAAGUUAAGAAAGGUGAUAUCACACCUGAGGAGAUGCAGACAAUAAGAGAUUUCAAAGUAGAGUUUUCUAAAGGCGUUUUCUUCAGAGCUGUACCCAGCUCCUUUGCCAUGUAUGCAGUUUAUCGAUAUAGGAGUAAAGGAGGAAUAGUUGGACUUGGAAAAUGUAUCUUUUGUGCAGUUGGUGGACUCUUCUUAGGAUUUGCUUUCACACCUACCCAAAAACUUUGGUCCCAGCAGUUGGAGAGGCACAACAUUACAAGGCAGCAUGUACUGGGCAAAAUAGACAUGAUGCAGAAGAAAAACUUGUCAGAAUUCAAUGAAAUGAUGGAGCAGGAUUGGGAGCAUAUUCCAGCAGAUAAAAUAGAGACUCCGAAAAUACCCAAAUUUGUAGAAAGGAUGGAAACAAAGACAGAUGUUGAGAAUGACACUCAGACAAACCAAGGUUCAACAUUUUUAUUUGGGGCUUCAAAUCAAGAAACUGAUCAAUUGGCCAAUGAAGAGGAAGGAUUAAUGGAAAAAAGAAUGAAAAGAAACAGAAGGAAAAUGAAAGAAGAGUCAAAUACAUCAGAAGGAAUAUCAAAUUCAGGAAAAAGAGUCAACAAAUAUGGAGAUGUUAUUGAAUAAUAUUUUGUGCUUUUGAAAUAAACUUAUGUCUUACAAUACAUAGUUAUCAAAAUGAUAAAAUGAUCGCUGAUACCCUCUAUUAUCAUUUAGUCCUAAUGACU